AUGAUUACAGAUCUAGGAAAGUCUAUUACUGCAUCAUUAUCGAGAUUGUUCUCUUCAAAUAUUACGGAUGAUUCUAUAAAAUAUAUUAUAGAUGAUAUCUGUACUUCUUUAAUAAAUUCAAAUGUUAAUCCUAUGCUUGUAGAAAAAAUUAGAAAUAAUUUAAAUGAAAAAAUAUUAUCUGAAAAUAUUCAAGGAUUUAACAAACAGAAGGUUAUAGAAACAGCUGUGUUUAACGAACUGGUUUCUCUUGUUGAUCCUAAAAUAAAAUCUAAAGAAUUAGAAAAAGGAAAGAGUAAUGUUGUAGUUUUUGUAGGAUUACAAGGUGCUGGUAAAACAACAUCUAUUUGUAAAUAUGCUAAUUAUUAUAAGAAGAAAGGUCUUAAAGUGGCACUUGUCUGUGCUGAUACUUUUAGAGCAGGAGCAUUCGAGCAAAUUAAACAAAAUGCUAUGAAAAUUAAGGUGCCUUUUUAUGGCAGUGAAGAAGCAGAUCCUGUGGUAGUAGCACUAGAAGGUGUUAGUAGAUUUAAGAAAGAGGAUUUUGAUCUUAUUUGUGUGGAUACUAGUGGAAGGCAUACACAAGAAAAAGACUUGUUUACUGAAAUGACAGAUAUUAUUAAUGCAGUUACGCCAGAUAAUAUUAUUUUUGUUAUGGAUGCAGGAAUUGGUCAAUCGGCUGAGGAUCAAGCAUUAGGAUUUAAAAAUGCAGUAAAUGUUGGAUCUAUUAUUAUCUCUAAAAUUGAUGGUACUGUUAAGGCAGGAGGAGCUAUAUCAUCUGUAGCUUCUAUUCAAUGUCCUAUACUUUUUGUUGGUACAGGUGAAAAUAUGGAAGACUUUGAAGUAUUUGAACCAAAAGGAUUUGUAGGAAGAAUGUUAGGAAUGGGAGAUUUACAUGGGUUAUCUAGGAAAAUAUCUGAUCUUAAAAUUGAUGAGAAAGAACUUUUUAACAAAUUUCAAAAAGGAACUUUUACUCUUAAUGAUUUUUCUGUUCAAUUUAAACAAUUACUUAGUCUUGGACCUAUGACUAAAUUAUUAGAAAUGCUUCCUGGUACAUCAAACUUCCAAAUGCCCGAUGAAAAAAAAUUCAAAAAAUUAAUUUGUAUUCUUGAUUCACUUAGCAAAUCAGAAUUAAAUUCUGAUGGUUUAAUUAUUGAAAAAGAAAAUUCAAGGAUUUUAAGGAUUGCAAAAGGAUCAGCUAGUACUCCUCAGGAAGUUUAUGAUUUGUUAGUGCAGUUUAGAAAUAUGUCUAACAUGAUGAAGAGAUUUGCUAAUAUACCUGGUUAUAGUGACUUAAUUGGUAAGGAUCCUGGUUCUCUGAGUGAAUCACAGAAAGCUAAGUUUAAACAACAAGCUAAAGGCAUGUUACCAAAAGAUCUCCUUGACAGUAUGAAUGGCUUUUUGUAA